GUGUCUGGGUUUUGGUCAGGGUAGCUCUGAACUUUGACAGCUAGCAUGCUAGUACCGAGCUGUAGCCCGAAACUGUCUGGCUAACAUGUGUGUGAAACAAGCAGCGCAGGUUUAAACUACGAGGAGAUUCUGACUUCUAAACUUUCAGCGGCUUGAAAAUGUUUUCAUCUUUCUGGAAUUUUAUCAAACGGCACAAGAAAAAAUGUCUUUUCUCUGGAGCUGUGGUCGGAGGAGUGUACUUUCUCGGUAAAUAUGCUCAGAAGAAGAUCAAGGAGAUCCAGGAGAAGGAGGCGACCGAGUACAUUGCCCAGGCCAGAAGGCAGUUCCACUUUGAGAGCAACCAGAGAACCUGCAACAUGACCGUGCUGUCGAUGCUUCCUCCACUCAGAGAGGCCAUCGUCACUCAGCUCAACUCUGAGAGUCUGACUGCGAUGCUGAAAACAAAACCAGCCAACAAGCUGGAAAUCUGGGAAGACUUAAAAAUCAUCAGCUUCACCCGGACCAUCGUGGCCGUCUACAGCACCUGCCUGCUGGUUGUUCUUCUCAGAGUGCAGCUCAACAUCAUCGGGGGAUACCUGUACCUGGAUAACUCUGUGGGAAAGAGCGUAACGACUCCUCUGACCCCUCCAGACGUCCAGCAGCAGUACCUGUCCAGUAUCCAGCAUCUUCUUGGAGAUGGUUUGACAGAGUUGAUAACGAGGGUGAAGACGGCAGUGCAGAGCUCCCUGGGGGGAGUGUCCCUGAAGCAGAGCUUGUCCCUGCUGGAGUUGGAGCAGCAGCUGAGCUGGAUCCGAGCAGAAGUUGAGGUUGAUUCGGGCCGGCCGCUGUCCUCCUACAUGCUGGCGGAUGACGAGAACGCGCUCGCUGACCAGGCCUGCGGCUUAACAGAAAACGACGUUGUGACCAUCAGACUGUUGAAUGAGACCAGAGACAUGUUGGACAGUCCAGAGUUCAGCCGAGUUCUCAGCACCUGUCUGAACCGGGCUUUCUCUCGUCUUCUGGACAAUCUGGCAGAGUUCUUCCGCUUGCCUGUUGGUGACUCCGCCCCCAACUCUGCACCCGACAGCCUGUCUGCAGUCAGUCUGCCGCUGGCGAAGAUCAUCCCUAUCAUCAACGGUCAGAUAAACACCAUCUGCAGCGAGAUUCCCAGCCACUUCGUUCAGGAUCUUCUGCUGAACGAUCAGGUGAAGGAGUUUGCAGCCAACGUGUACGAGACGUUCAGCACACCCCAGGAGCUGCAGAAAUGACCUCAGAGGACGAAGAGGAGGAUUCAACAGGAGACCAGGUGAUGAUGAAGCUGGAAGUCAUUCAGGCUGUUGGUCCUUCCUUCAUCUCUAGAGCGUCUGUAGCAUGAACACUCGGAACGUUUCUGUCCUCAGCUGGAAGAAAUGUCAAAGUGAAGCUCAAAGCGGAGGCUGCCGGGGCUGGUGCAUCUUGGGAAGUGGGGUCUUUUACAUCCCAAGGAAAGUUUUAUAGAAACCGAAUGAAAAACAGGAUCUCGCAGAAGUGAGCGAGCGAGCGACCUCUGAGGCCUGCUCAGAGCUGAUCUAGCUUUGAUUUAGAGAUGUUUGGAUGGUUCCUCUGUUUUCGUCCUCAGCUCAGCGACGUGAUGAUACGUCUCACAGCUUACCGUUGAUCAUUUUCUGACCUUAAAAAUGUGUGUAAGAUUGGACUCUUUUGGGAGGUUUUAAUGUCAUUUUAUGGGUUUUUUUGUGCAUUAAUGCUUCCUGCUGACAGCUCGGACAGUUUUAGACCUCCUGAAGAUUUUAAAGAUUAAAACAAAUAUAUAAAAACAUUUAAAUUAAAUCUGACAGCCACAUUUUACUGCUAAGAAUCUUUUCUGUUAUAAUUAAGCUAAAUUAACUGAAUAAUGUUAGAUGUGUUAAAAACGCUUUUUUAAUUCUACAGCCUGCAGUUCAAGUCCUGACCAGAAGGUGUCACUCUUCAUCAUCUGUUCAUUUCCUGCCUUCCUUUCAGCUGAAGACCUUCAUGCCUUCAGUCCUGUUUCUGUGUGGAUGUUAGAGCGAUGAUUUCUGGGAAAGACGCUUAAGUUCUCCCAUAGAUCCCAGUUCACCUCCAGCAUGGAUUCCUCGCCCAGUGACAAUCAGAUGCAAUCAGUGACAGUAGAUCCAAAAAGCUGCUUUCAUUCCUUAAGGAGAACAGGCUAUGACUUUUGAACUUCACUCACCACACCCGGGCCUGAUUACUGCCAGACCCGUAGAAUCAAGAAUAUCGCUUUAAUAGAAGUAGUCUGACAACAUGAAGUAGGCUACAAGAUCUAAAAAAGCACCACAUAAUGGUUCGAUCUAAAGAGCUUCAAGAACAGAGGAGAAACAAAGUUUCUGAAAUCUGGUUGGAAAAUCACUGCAAGAAGUCCUUAACGACUCAUCCCAGAGGUCCAGAAGAACCCGGAACAACAUCUAAUGCUAUACAGCCUUUACUGCCUCAGUUAAGGUCAGAGGUCAUGGUUCUACAAUAAGAAAGAGGCAAUUUUGCCCAGUUGGACAUUCCAGGAACAAUGUCCAACAAUCAGUUUGGGACCUUGAGCUGAGCCUUGCUUGAGUUCUGCAGCAGAACAGUGAUCCAAAGCACACCAGGUCCACCUCUGAAUGGCUCAAAGGGAACGUUUCAUAGUGCCCUAGUCAAAGCCCAGGCGUAAAUAAAUUUCACAUGCUACAGAAUGACCCUCAACAGGUAUGCUUGUAACCCUCCAAUGGGCCUGAAUUAAAUCAAUUCAGCAAAGCAGAGUGGGUCACUAUUCCUCCAUAGAGAUGUUAAAGACUCGUUCUCAGUUAUCAUGAACACUUGAUGGCAGCUAUCGCUACCAGUUAUUAGGUUUAGGGUGUGAUUAUUUUCUCACACAGAGUCAGGUUUAGUCAGGGUAGUUUUUGUUCCUUAAUAAAUGAACUUAUCAUUUGGACGCUG